AUGGAAGACGACGAGAUCAGCAGCGGAGAUGAAGAUAUCGCAGCCAAUAUCCCACAGGGAUGUGCCGUUAGCGACGACGAUCUACUUGAUGACCUGAGCCCUACCGACAUCGAGGCGCUCGUCCAGCGGCUUCUCCCUGGCAUUUGCCAGCAAGAUGUCCAAGACUUCCUCGCCCAGAUUACUACACACAAUUCGCCGCCCUUUACCAUACCACGCCACGAGCGAGAGCCUAAGAGCUGGCCCUCGACGUACGAAGAGUCGGACCUGUUGUGGGAAGAGGGGGCCAAGGCUGAGCGAGCAAUCAAGCUGCCUGUCGGAACCAAUAUGCCGAAGUGGUUGGACAUGUCAGAGGAUCAGCUAGUCAAGUACACUGGGAGCAUCCAAGACAGCCUGGUUCUAAUCACAUCGUAUCCAACAGCACGCGUUGGCAGUACGGUACAAGCCUCCUACGGGACGACGAUGGACCUCUCCAAUAUAUCGAUGUCAAUGCUUUAUGCGAAGUUGGGACUGCACCUAAAGUCAUUCCGACCGACCGGCGCCCUCCACAUCAACGCUUUCCCGCGUCGCGUCAACAGAAAGACUGUGCCAACAGGCCAAAAGGUUUUGGAGAAGCUUCCGGCUGUCCUACGAAACUAUUGGCAGUGUGUCGCGCAGGAAUGGCUGGCAAGAUCGCAGGCAAAGAUCGCCCUACUUGUCGGAGCGGCUGCGGUCACUACCUAUCUGUCAUAUCUAGACGCGAACGAUGUUCAGCACCAGCAAAUAUGGUUGGCUGAUGGCAACAAUGAGUACCAAUCAAGCAAGACACCACCGUGUUGGAUCGAAUACAACAAUAUCAAACGCAUCGCAUUCUCAGUUCCACACCCUGAGUAUUUUAACCGCUACCGCGGCACUGUAGUCACCCACACGAUGAGAGCUAAUGCGCUUAAAGAGCGUUUCAUUGAUUACGCGAUGGUGAAGGUCUGGGGUACGGCACACCUACAAGGUUUUCUUAGCUCGACAAAGUACCGAUUUCAGACCACAACGGGUAUCAUCCUGCGCAUGUCUGAAUUCGAGAACUACGGCGCAGACAACACCACACUUCGCAAGAUUCUCAGUAUCCCCAACUCAAGCAACGCCACCCUUAACGUCCUCCUCACCGGCUACAAGAAGAUAAGCAAAGAGGAGGUUGAAGGGAUCAAGGCGAUGCGGAGGGCCAUGGACGUCGAACUCACGGAGAAGCCAUCAUACUGGGAUGGAGCGGACGUCAUAUCGAAAGAUGAAGAAGCAGAAAGCGUGCGCGCGGAGGAAGAAGAGGACAAGCAAGAUAUGGAAGAGCAAGAGCUAGAGGAGGCAUCGCUGGAAGGAGACGACAGUAUACCCGCAGAUAACGAGAACGAUGAUGAUCACGAAACCCAGGAUAUCAUCCGCCGCUGCGCUAUCACCGAUGCGGCGCUCUUUGAUGAGAUAACUGUCCAGCAAGUCAAGGAUUUCGUCAAGCGUAUCGUGCCUCAGCUAUCAAACACCAAACUUGACGCCUUUGAGAAAGAGAGUCGGAAGCAUUUAAACUCGUCUCCAUCAUACUUGGUACCGGCCAAAGUACGCGACUCGACAGAUUAG